CGGAACAGUCCAGGGUUAGAGCUCGACGGAGAAUACACAGCUGCGGUGGACGGUCGAUAAGACGAUAUCAGUGAAAUAAGCGAGCCAAGUAAACAAGAACAGCUUCCGACUAUUUCCUCUCGAAUAUUGACUCAUUUCGUAGUUGCUCUUCUCCGGUUAAAUCACUGGAAAGAGUCAGACGAUACCAGCGACGUUGUCCCGUAGGUGUAGAACACUAGUAAGAAGCUGAAGAGAACUGGGAAUAAAUAACGAAGGUCGAAGUGUGUAUAUUAAUAGUUGAGUGCAUCAACGGGGCAAACGGUACCUGCAGAGAUCGCGUCUUCGGAGUGACCAAUUCAGCGAAUCCCGCCGUUCAGGGGUUUCAUUGUCAGUGAUCUUCGUUACACCAAACUCGCGUCACUGGGGGGAACCAGUGACUAUGUAAGCCGGGGGAAAAACGGAACAGCCCGGUAUCAUUGAAGAAGUUCACUCAAAGCCUGAACCAGAAGCUCGCAAACUGGCUCCGGAAGUAACGAUAAAGCAAAUUGGUAUGAGGGAGGAUCUGCUCUCGAUAAUUCGUCACACAAGUAGCGACCAUUUUUCUGAAGAACUUUAGCGGCAACCCCAGGCCCGCAACCCCUCGAGUUUUAUCUAGGUACCUGUCGCUACUCUGUGAUAAAUAACCGAUCCAUUCCGAGACCCAAGAGAUUGUCCUCGACCACCGGACUCCCGCAAAACGGACAGAAUACUUCCUUGGUUCGUUACCGACCCUACUUUGAAAACGGACCGCUCGUCGUCAGCCCUUGGAAGGAGCAGAGAUCCGAGAAAGCAUCGGUUCGCCAAUUGUAUCCUGCGAACCAGAAGCGAAAACGCGACCUUGUUAUGCCCUGGGUAGCCGCCUGUCUCGAUCUGCUGGUCGGACCGCUGUUUGGCUAUUGCCUUGCCGUCAGGAAGCUAGCUCUCCACGUUGGGAUUCUCCACGAGGCUGGGGUAGUCGCGAACUCUUCGGUUGGAAUAACUACCAAAACUAUGGCGCCGAGUGUCGAGGCGAAGAGCUGUGCCGAAGAGGUGCACAAAGAAACCGGCCAGGAAAUGCCAGCGAGAAGCGGCAACAAGGCUAAGCCUCCACGCAGGUUUGCUGGGGUUGUCGUCGCCAUGGCAGGUUUGCCGGCCAGGGGUAAAACUCAGGUCGCACAUUGUCUUGCUCGGAGGUUGAACUGGAACGGCGAGUCUGCUAAAGUUAUGCGCGUCAGCGUGUACCGCCAGAAACGACUGGACAUGUACGCCUCUCAUGAACUCUUCAGGCCAGAUCAUUCCACCAAUGUGGCGAUCAGGUCCCUUGCUCAGAAGGACGCCAUGCGGGACUGUGCGUCUUGGUUGGCCGCUGGGAAUAGUCUUGCUAUCCUAGACGGCACUCUCGUGACCCACGAACAGCGAGCGGAGGUCUUCGACUACUUUUCCGGGCAACUUGGCUACCGCGUCAUCUUCAUCGAGUGCGUGUGUUCCGAUCCUGCGUCGUUGGAACAAAAUUACCAAGGGAUCCUAACGUACAGUGCCGACUACAAGAACAUGGACAAGGCCAGAGCGGCCGAGGACUUGCGUUUGAAGGUCGCCCAUUACGCCCAAGCCUACGAACCCAUGGAUGAAAAGACUUGGCCCAGGAUCACCGUUGACACUGGCAACAUGGAUAUCACAGCGCACAAAGUUAGCGGUCACGUCGAGACCAAGAUCUUGGGAUACCUUGGCAGCGUCAGGAUCCAGCCUCAUACCCUCUACUUCUCAAGGCAUGGGGAGAGCGAGUACAAUGUCCUCGGAAAAAUUGGCGGGGAUGCUGUUUUGAGUGCUCGUGGAGAGCGCUACGCGCAAGCCUUGGCUACCCACAUCAACGGCUUGCACGUACCGGAAUUACGAGUCCUUACAAGCCGACUUCGGAGGACCAUCGCGACUGCUCGAGGCGUUGAAGCCGCCCAAGAGCACAUUUCUGAGCUGAACGAGCUCGAUGCCGGAGUUUGCGAGGGACUUUCCUACGAAGAAAUGCAGGAACAAUACCCGCAGGAGUUCGCCUGGCGUGACCAGGACAAGCUAAGGUAUAGGUACCCCUGGGGCGAGAGCUACGUGGAUAUAAUGCAGCGGGUGGAACCAGUUUUGGCCGACCUUCAACAGGCCACGAACAUGCUGGUGAUAUCUCACCAGGCGGUUCUACGGUGCAUAAUCGGUUUUUUCAUGGACAAAAAACCCGAGGAGUUGCCCUACAUGGAGGUCCCACUGCAUACCAUAAUCAAGAUCACUAGCCGCGGGUUUAACUACGAACUCGAGUUCUUCAAGCUGCCGAUCGAGUGCGUGAACACCACCAGAGUUAAGCCGAAGAAUUGCAGCGUUAACAGGACUGCCGACGAUGCUUUGCUGACGGUGCCGGCUCACUUCGACAUACCCGAUCCUUGGAGGAAUCCAGCCAGUGGUCCGACCCUCGUCCAACAACACUGAGGGCAGGACAAAGUCUCCGAAAAGGGUUGUACCGACCCUAAGCAAGGCUCAUCGAAGUCCUCGAGCGACAAGUGCUCUUCGAAGAGCGACUUCGCGGUCCCGUUGGAUCGGAGAUAAAGUAUUAUAUUUAGAUGUAUUUCGGUAAAUGACUAUACCGAAUAUCGAAUCUGAGCUUUUCUUAUCAUCUGUUAGAGGAUUCGGAAUAAUCGGAUUAUCGCGUACGAUAUAAUAUUGAGGAGUUCUGUACGGGUUUAUUGUUAAUCCGAGCAUCGGUAUUGAAAAUUUGGAAACCAAAUUUGAGUAACGAUUUAAUUUCUGAUCGGGUUGACUGCUCAACUAAUUCGACAAUUCAACCAAUCGCCACUUGUGUAGAAUUGGUAGGAAAACCACGGUGAUGAAGUUAGGGGUUGAGUUGGAUUUUCAUCUGAUAGAAAUCCGUAGUACACGGAUAUAGACCGACGGCCGAAGAAUAUUGGAAAUUUUGAGAAAGAGUCAAAUUGAUUCUUUUCACCCUCGGUCCAUUGAAAUUAAAAGGUAAAUUAUAAAAUCUGGUAAUAUUUGAGGCCAAAUACAAUACCAUAAUUUGGAAAAUCUUGUAAUAUACUCUUCCCGUAAUUGAACAAUAAGUACUACAUACCUGUGUAUGGUGUAACCAAAAAAUCAGUAAAAUUCUACAAAUGUUUUUCAAUUUAUGCAGUGGAGAGUAGAAAGUAAACAAUUAGAUUAAAAUAGCUAUUAGUGACUAUUGUAGAAACGAAGACCGAUGAUGCUGGUUGCCAAGUGGAAUGGUUGGUGUUGGGAUUCAUCUAGUUGAAAGGUAAAAUGGUAAAGUAUCGAACGGCAGUAUUUCGGUGCCCACUGCCUGAGCCUUCUUCAUUUUUUAGUAUAUGGUACUUAGAGUAGUUUAUUUUUAAUUUAUACAUUACGUUAUAGAGUGUAUUUUAAUAUUACAAAAACAGAAG